AUGGCUGAACGAGAUACGAGACCAGAAGGGCUCGCUCCCAUCCCCGUCGCGCCCCCCAACCUCAAGAUCAAACCCCCGAGCCCGCUGGCUCUGGCCCAAAAAGUCGAUAUGGACACCAAGACGGCCGACCCCAAGGCCACCUGGAACUCGAAAAACCUGGGCCUGCGCCUGGGCGCCGACCUGUUCAGCGCCGCCUGCGCCGGCACGCUGGUCGCGCCCCUCGUGUCCAUCAUUGACCGCUCCAUCAUGGAAAACGCCUCGGGCCGCCGCGGCCUUGGCGACUGCGUCCGAUCCUGCCUAGGGGAGCUCCUCCUCCGCCCCCACCACUUCGUCCUCAGCAAGCCCUUCGCCCUCAUCUUCGCCCUCUACGGCGGCACCUACCUGACGGCCAACACCCUCGAUACCGCCUCCUCCACCGUCCGUAACCGGCCCGCCUCCGAGGUCACCGCCGGCACCGCAAAGUUCGCCGCCUCGAGCGCCGCCAACAUCGGCAUCUGCAUGUACAAAGACCAGGUCUUCGCCCGCAUGUUCGGACCCCCCGGCGCCACCCCGCGGCCCGUCUCCGCCGUAACCUACGCCCUAUUUACCCUGCGCGACUGCAUGACCAUCUUUGCCAGCUUCAACGUCCCGCCCCGCCUCGGCCCCUGGCUCAACUCCCGCAUGGGCGACGAGAUGGCCAAGAGAGUCAGCGGCCUGACCGUCGUCCAGUUCGCCGCCCCAGCCAUGGUCCAGCUCGCAAGCACCCCGCUGCACCUGCUAGGCCUCGACGUCUACAACCGACCUGGCGCGCCCGGCGCGCCCGUCUCGUGGGCCGAUAGGUGGCGCUCCGUCGCCAAGAACUGGGGCAUCAGCACCAUGGCCCGCAUCUGCCGCAUCAUUCCGGCCUACGGCGUUGGCGGCGUCGUCAACCGCAAGGUGAGGCUGAGCCUCAUGGACAAGAUGGAGAGGACGCCAUGA